GGGGAGGAGAGAAGAGGACGUUUGGUUCAUGAAACGAAACAGAAACAAAGCCAUCCGACGUGGAUGCAGUUCCCUCGAUCAGGAGAAAAGUAAAACGCAUAUUGGAACAAAUAGUCUGACGGACAUUAACAUCAAGGAAUGGCCUCUGCUAACACUUCCUGGUCUGAAGAGAACUUUUCAUGUUCCAUCUGUCUGGAUGUGUUCAACAAUCCAGUUACCACCGCAUGUGGACACAACUUCUGCAGAACCUGUAUUACAAAGUUCUGGGAUGAACAAAUCCAGUACAAAUGUCCUGUUUGCAACAAGCUGUUCAACACAAGACCUGAUCUACAGGUCAAUACCUUCUUAUCAGAGUUGGCUGCUCCGUUUAGAACAACCGUACAAGUAAAAGAGCAGCUUUUUGUUGAACAAGCAGAAGUUCCCUGUGACUUCUGCACUGGGACCCAGCUGAAGGCCGUGAAGUCCUGCCUAGAGUGUUUUAUGUCUUUCUGCCAAACCCACCUGGAGCCACAUCAGAGAGUCGCUCGCCUGCAGAAACAUCGGCUGGUCGAGCCUAUGGACCGUCUGGAAGACAGGAUGUGUAAGAAACACAACAUACUUCUGGAGCUCUUCUGCCAGACCGACCAGGUAUGUGUGUGUCAGUUCUGCACAGAGGGGGACCACAGGUCCCAUCCUGUUGUACCUCUAAAGGAGGAAUAUGAAGUGAAGACGGCCCAGCUGGGGAAGAUGGAGGCUGAAGUUCCGCAGAUGAUCCAGGAGAGAAAACAAAAGAUUAAGGAGAUCACAGACACAGUGGAACUGAGCAGCAAAGAUGCAGACAGAGAGAUAGCCAUUGGUGGCCAGGUCUUCACUGCUCUGAUAGGCUGUGUUGAAAAGUGCCGGGAUGAAUUCAACCAAACUGUUCAAGAGAAACUGAAAUCCACAGAGAAACAAGCUGAUGACCUCAUCAAAGAGCUGGAGCAGGAAAUAGAAGAUCUGACCAAUAGAAGCUCAGAGGUGAAGCGGCUCUCACACACUGAAGACCACCUCCACUUCCUCCAGGCCUUCAGAUCCCUCAAGGAUCCUCCACCCACCAGGGACUGGACGACGGUGGAGUUCCGACCUCCGUCAUACGUAGGGACCUUGAGGAGAUCCUUGGAUCAGCUGGAGGAGACACUGAACAUGGAGAUGGAGAAGCUGCGUGAAGCUGCUGAACUGAAGAGGGUCCAGCAGUAUGAAGUAGACGUGACUCUGGAUCCUGAUACAGCUCAUCCCAGGCUCAUCCUGUCUGAGGACGGGAAACAAGUACAUGAUGGAGGUGUAGAGAAGACACUCCCAGACAACCCUAAAAGAUUUACAAGGAAGAUACAUGUUCUAACGAGGCAGAGCUUCUCCUCAGGGAGAUUUUACUUUGAGGUCCAGGUUAAAGACAAGACUCAAUGGUAUUUAGGAGUGGUCAGAGAGUCCAUCAACAGAAUCGGCGAGACCAAAGGGACCCCUAAGACGGGUCACUGGACGCUUCUCUUCAACAAGGAUGGGUUGUUUUUUAAAGAUAACCCUGCUGUCCGUCUCCCUCUGAGAGCUGAGCUCCAGAAGGUGGGGGUGUUUGUUGAUUAUGAUGAGGGUCUCGUCUCCUUCUAUGAUGUGGAGGCCAGGGUUCAUAUCUACUCUGCUACUGGCUGCACCUUCAGUGAGCCUCUCUAUCCAUUCCUCUGCCCAGGCGUCCAUGAUGAUGGAGGUACUAACAACUCUGCCCCCCUGAUCAUCUCCCCUGUCAAUCAAACAGACGUUGUGUACCUCGGAGACGAGGUUGUGUACCUCCGAGACGAGGUUGUGUACCUCAGAGACGAGGUUCUGUACCUCCGAGACGAGGAUGUAUACCUCCGAGACGAGGUUGUGUACCUCAGAGACGAGGUUGUGUAUCUCUCAGAGAUGAAGACGAGGAUGUGUCGAGGUUGUGUAUCACUCAGAGAUGAGUUUGUGCAACUCAGAGACGAGGAUGUGUACCUCAGAGACGAGGCUUGCACUCACGUCAGUGGAAUGGCCUCUGCUAACACUUGCUGGUCUGAAGAGAAUUUUUCCUGUCCCAUCUGUCUGGAUGUGUUCAACAAUCCAGUUACCACCACAUGUGGACACAACUUCUGCAGAACCUGUAUUACUAAGUUCUGGGAUGAACAAGUCCAGUACAAAUGUCCUGUUUGCAACAAGCUUUUCAACACAAGACCUGAUCUACAGGUCAAUACCUUCUUAUCAGAGUUGGCUGCUCAGUUUAAAACAACCGUACGAGUAAAAGAGCAGCUCUUUGUAGAACAAGCGGAAGUUCCCUGUGACUUCUGUACUGGGACCCAGCUGAUGGCCGUGAAGUCCUGCCUAGUGUGUUUUACCUCUUACUGCCAAACCCACCUGGAGCCACAUCAGAGAGUCGCUCGCCUGCAGAAACAUCGGCUGGUCGAGCCUAUGCACCGUCUGGAAGACAGGAUGUGUAAGAAACACGACAGACUUCUGGAGCUCUUCUGCCAGACUGAACGGGUAUGUGUGUGUCAGUUCUGCACAGAGGGUGACCACAGGUCCCAUCCUGUUGUACCUCUAAAGGAGGAAUAUGAAGUGAGGACGGCCCAGCUGGGGAAGAUAGAGGCUGAAGUUCCGCAGAUGAUCCAGGAGACAAAACAAAAGAUUAAGGAGAUCACAGACACAGUGGAACUGAGCAGUAAAGAUGCGGACAGAGAGAUAGCCAUUGGUGGCCAGGUCUUCACUGCUCUGAUAGGCUGUGUUGAAAAGUGCCGGGAUGAAUUCAACCAAACUGUUCAAGAGAAACUGACAUCCACAGUGAAACAAGCUGAUGACCUCAUCAAAGAGUUGGAGCAGGAAAUAGAAGAUCUGACCAAUAGAAGCUCAGAGGUGAAGCAGCUCUCACACACUGAAGACCACCUCCACUUCCUCCAGGCCUUCAGAUCCCUGAAGGAUCCUCCACCCACCAGGGACUGGACGACGGUGGAGGUCCGACCUCCGUCAUACGUAGGGACCUUGAGGAGAUCCCUGGAUCAGCUGGAGGAGACACUGAACAUGGAGAUGAAGAAGCUGCAUGGAGCUGAACUGAAGAGGGUCCAGCAGUAUGAAGUAGAUGUGACUCUGGAUCCUGAUACAGCUUCUUCCCAGCUCAUCCUGUCUGAGGACGGGAAACAAGUACAUGAUGGAGGUGUAGUGAAGACACUCCCAGACAACCCUAAAAGAUUUACAAGGAAGAUAUAUGUUCUUACGAGGCAGAGCUUCUCCUCAGGGAGAUUUUACAUUGAGGUCCAGGUUAAAGACAAGACCUCAUGGUAUUUAGGAGUGGUCAGAGAGUCCAUCGACAGAAUCGGCAGGAUCAAAGGGACCCCUGAGACGGGUUACUGGACGCUUUACUUUGACAAUGAUGGGUUGUUUUUUAGAGAUGACCCUGCUGUCCGUCUCCCUCUGAGAGCUGAGCUCCAGAAGGUGGGGGUGUUUGUUGAUUAUGAUGAGGGUCUGCUCUCCUUCUAUGAUUUGGAGGACAGGGUUCAUAUCUACUCUGCUACUGGCUGCACCUUCAGUGAGCCUCUCUAUCCAUUCCUCUGCCCAGGUUUACAUAAUGGUGGUACAAACUCUGCCCCCCUGAUCCUCUCACCUGUCAAUCAAACAGACUAGGACCUUAGUUUGAUAAUAAAAUAAUCAAACGACCUAAACAACUAAUGUUAUUCCAUGAAGGAUAAUCUCUAUGUGCGAUCUGAGAGAUCUGCAUUAAUGUCUCCUGCUGUCUUUUAACGAGAAGUUCUUUAAGAAUAUAACCCCAGUUGUUGAUACAACU